AUGAAUCAGCAGUGCAAAGUCUGUGGCGAACCAGCGGCCGGGUUCCAUUUCGGUGCCUUCACUUGCGAAGGUUGCAAGUCUUUCUUCGGCCGCUCGUACAACAAUCUGUCGUCGAUUUCGGAGUGUAAAAACAACGGCGAAUGUAUCAUCAACAAGAAGAACCGAACCGCCUGCAAGGCGUGCCGGUUGCGCAAGUGCUUGAUGGUGGGCAUGUCCAAAAGCGGUUCCCGCUACGGGCGCCGCUCGAACUGGUUCAAGAUCCAUUGCUUGCUGCAGGAGCAGCAGCAGGCCGCCCAGCAGCAGGGCAACCACCAGAAGGCACCACAGUCGGUGGGCAUGCACGCCGGCAUGUUCCACGGUGCCUACGCGCACGGUAUGUACCCGCGGCCACCAUGCACCAAGGAGGAACUGAUGAUCCUCGGCCUGGAGGAGUACAGCAAGCACCCAUCGGCCUCGCCGUCCGUCAGCUCGCCGGAUAGUCAUAACUCAGAUAGCUCGAAUGAGCUGCACGACCGCCGGAACGCGCUUCUACGGCAGGGCAAGCUACACGACUCGCCGCUCAACAAGGACCUCUUCCUGCCUCUGCCCUUCGGGGGGCUGCCGCUGAUGCCGCCGCCCGGUUUUCUGCCCUCGUCCCAUCUCAUGUUUCCGGGCUUCCAUCCGGCGCUCUACUCGCAUCCACAGGCGGGCCUUCUGAAGCCGGCGGACACCCAGCACCUGACGCUUCCCAGCUCGCCAUUGGCCAACAACAACAGUCGCUUCACGCCGAACCACAACCAAACGGAACCGCCCCCACACCCACACUCCGGGGCCGGAAGCGACUCCGGAAAGUCGCCCGAUUCCUUCUCCAAGCGGUUCAUUCUGGAUCAGGUGCUCGAGUCGCAGCGCUGCCCAAGCAAUGGCACGGUCGGCAGCGAUAAAGAGGAGCCGGAGCCGGAGGAGGUCGUGCCGGCGACCAUGACCCCGCCGCGCUCUCCCGUCGUCGUCGUGUCCGUCUCGCAGUCCUCUUCCGGCGGACGACAAUCGCAGGCUUCUUCGGGACACGGCCAAUCGCAUAAUCACCACCAUCACCAUAACCACCAGGACAACCCGAUCGAUUUGAGCAUGAAGACAGGCAGCAGCUGUACUUCAACCGACGAGCGGCGAUCCUCGAUGUCCGGCGCCGAGUCCAACGGUUCGGAUGAUGAGGCGCACGUCGACAGUCGUCCUCCCUCGGCCGGUCACGAUAAGUACAAGUACGCCAUGGCGGCUGCAGCGACGCCUCCCUCCAAAACUCCUCCUACCAACACCACCAACAGCAGUAGCAGCAACAACAACAACAACAACAACAACAACAACAACAGUAUCAGCAACAAUCACAAUCAACACCAUCAUCACCAGCGAUCGCACCAGCACUCGCCGCGUCCACAUGCCCUCUCAAUGUCUCCUUCGCCGACUCAACUACAGCAGCAUCGUGCGUCUCCACCACAAACCGAGUCUCCGGCCCGUGUUCAGCAUCACUACCCGCCCACCCACCAGCGCAACCACCAUCACCAUCAUCAGCACUCGCAGCACCGGCCACGUCACGGGCACCAUGGCGGAAGCGGAAGUGACUCCGAGCUGGAACCCGAGGAAACCGAGUACGAUCGCGAAGUGAAGCGCAUGAAGCUGACCGGCACUACGCCGCUGGAUUUGACUACCAAAGUCUGA